GGCUAUGAUUCAAGACGUGUCGCGUCAUUAAAAAAUCCCCCAUAUAUGGACACAGACAACAGCGCCCUCCAGCGGACAUACGUUCGCACCACAUUUACGAGAACCCUCGGCGGGGAGCUGCAGAGACAAGACCAAAACCCGCUCCCCAUGGCAAACAAGCGAUUGGGACUUUUGAAAAGUAUUUGAAUUGACAUUUGGAAAGGUUUUGCGGACUGCGUGUCCUUGUUGGAUUCGGACGUGGGAAGUCAACGCGAACCUGCGCAGAACUUUCUCUUCCUCGCAACAGCGGCAGUCGUGUCAUCCUUUGUGGACUACCAUGAAGCGGAGGAGCCUGCUGGUCUUUUUGUCCAUGUUGUUAUAUCUCACAGCAGUGAGUGGGACCACAGACCAUGACGGCUACAGCGACAUAGCGGAGGAAGAGGAGGACACCACUCACCUAGACUACGACAACCUCCACUGGUGCCACUCUCUUCGUCUGACCAAUGGGGAGGCGACCUGCCACUCCCCUCGAGGCCGAGCUUACCGGACCACCCAAGGCACCCGCUGCGACAUGCGCUGCGACCGAGGGUACCGACUGAUCGGCAGCAGCUCCAUCCAAUGCAUGGCCAACCGCCGCUGGUCCGGGACUUCCUUCUGUCGCAAGAUGCGUUGCCACGUCUUGCCCCUCAUCCCGUAUGGCAAGUACACCUGCACUCAGGGCUUUGUGGUGGACUCCAGAUGCGACUUCACCUGCUCCCCCGGCCACCGCAUAGAAGGGGAACACUCACGCACCUGUCAGCAUGGGGGGGCUUGGAGCGGGGCGCAGCCGGUUUGUUCAGACACCGAACCUCCAAAAAUCAGGUGUCCGCGAUCCAGAAUCAAGUUUGCAGAUCCUGGAAAACUGACUGCCAGGGUGAGCUGGGACACCCCGGUGGCCACAGACACAGCUGAUAAAGUACUCGAUGUGAUUUUAGUGGGUCAGCAGCCAGGCACGGAUUUCAACGAGGGAGCCAACAUCAUCCGCUACAAAGUCUACGACCAAGCCAGGAACAGAGCCGCAUGCAAGUUUAUUAUCCGGGUUGAGGUGAAGAGAUGCCCCGCCCUGCUCCCGCCUUUGCACGGCUCCCUGGCCUGCUCCUCCGACAUCACCAACUAUGGCUCCACGUGCGAGUACCACUGCGAUGCCGGGUAUGAGCGGAGGGGCGUGUCUGGUCGAGUGUGCCAGUUUGACCGCAACUGGAGCGACGACCCCGCCGAGUGCGUUCCCAUGGAGAUCAAGUCGGACGUGAAAACGGCGUCAGCUCUACUGGCUCAGUUCUUCCAAAAGAGGCGGCUUCUCAUCCUGUCGGCUCCCAACACGAGCGACCCGGACUACGAGCUGCAGAAUGUCAUGAUACAAAAAACAGACUGUGGAUUGGAACUGCGACACGUGACGCUCAUCGAGCUGGUGGGCUCGCCGCCUCAUGAGACGGGCCGCAUCAAGGAAAACAAUCUGACCUCGCAGGUUGUGGAUGAGUUACGGCAAACAUUCCGAAUCUCCAGGUCUUACUUCAGCAUGGUGCUGGUGGACAAGCUGGGGCUGGAUCGAGAGCGCUUCAUUACCCCGAUGGCGUCGGAGGAGCUCUUCUCCUACAUUGACAGCUUUGAGCUGGAUGAGGAAGAGAGAGAGAGCCUGGAGCGCCACAGAGACCUCUGUGACUAAUUAAAGAGCGAGUAUCUCAUCGGGUCACAUGAUGAGGAGGAAACGGAGCGGGGUGGCCGCAUGUCAGAAGGAACUUAAGGAGUUUAUGCUAAUAACGUGCUUUAUGUAUCAUCAGUUGAGAGGCUGCAGUACAAAGUAGAGAAGCAUCUAAUCAGUCCUACACUUGAUGUUAAUGUGAAUGAAACAAAGAGUAAAAGUGCCAAAUGACUGAAAGGCUGUAAAAACAGAUCCAAUAGUCAAUUAUAUUGCGUGUUUUGUCAAUAUUUAUUGGCUGAAAAGGAUCAUCAAGGCAACUUUGAGACAAAAAUACUAGUUAAAAUCUAAUCUGAAUCAACAAAACAUGUUCAUAAACAAAUAUUUGAUGUAAAAUUGGCAAAAAUCAGUAAUGGCUAUAUAAAAAGGUAUUUAUAGGAAUUGAUUCGGUGUAUUGUAACAUAGCAAACUGAACCCAGCUGGACAUGAUGAUGGCCAUUUCUGUGCCGUGGGCUUGUGAACUUCAAAAACAAAAGUGUCCGUAUCAUUUCAAAAAUCCAGAGUGGAGUAUUUCUUUGGUACAUUUUCAUAAGAAACAUGUGACAACUCCAGCUUUGUGUAUUGUCAUAUCAAAGAGGAAAGCCGAGUUUGUGGUCCCAUAGUGUUGCAAAAUAAUCAUAGAAAACACAAUCCUAUUAUUUCAGACGCCAAGACUUUACCCCCUGAAAGAUCCACAUGCUUGUUCAAGAGGGAUGUCCUCAUUUUGUCUUCUUUUUCUUCAUGGUGGCGCGCAAGGGGAGACUGCCCUCUGCCCAGGAGUCAGGGUACUGCAUCAUUUUCUGCCACAGACUCACUUCUUCUCCAACCGAAUCCAUUUCCACUUCAUCGUUUCCCAUUUUGACAGUGCCUGAUGUGCAGAGGAGGGCACAGAUGGUUACAUUUGCUGCCAUGGAAACAUUGAUUUUCACCAUUGAAGCUCAUAACAAGCUCUAGUCUCGCAUAAUAGGUUACCUGUAAUCACUGCAGGCAAUCGGGGCCUGCACAGCCUUCUCUGCUGGCCUUAACACUGACUCAAUUCUAGUAUUUAUUUUAUGAAUUAUGUUAAUUUCAUUCUCAUCAGUUGAUUUUUUUCAUUUGCGUGUAUGUCAGAUUUCAUCUUCUACAUGUUGCCAUGCCAAUCUAAUGCAGGCGAAUCACAGGGCCAGCUAGCAGGCUUACAGUAAAGUCAGUAUUUUUCUGUCCUCUGAUUCGUUUCGAUGUCUGAAAGCCACACUCGGCGUUACGUAGUGCGCUUGAAUGAGUUAUCGCAUGAACAGUGCAACACUUAAUUGAUCCUGUUCAUCAUCACGUGUGGAUCACAGGCACCACCAAUAGGUGGCUUUAGGGAUGAUAUGGUAAUGAUAAUGGUUUUAUUUCAUUUGAACAUGCAUCAGAUUACAAUUGAGUGCAUCCCAUAAUCAGUUCCCAGUUUGUUUCUCAUCAUAUUCUGACUUAAAAAAUAUUUUCCCUUUAUGUUUCAAUUCUACUCCACUAAAAUGACAUCAUUACUUGAUAUUUACAAAAUGUUACUAUGUUUUGACUUUAAUCUCAUAAAAUUCCAGCUGUGUUUCUCAUUUCGUUUUUAAAUUUUCCUGUAUAUUUUCUUAUGAAUGUAUUUCAAUGAUAUUUUGCCAUUAUUCAUGUAACAUAACUUAUUGGCACUUUGGACACCUGCUGUAAUGGGUAUACACCGUGCCUGACUUCACUAAAGUCUUGUCACUUAUCCAAGCUGUAGGAACAAUAAAAGAUAACUU